AUGAACCCCGAGCUGGCGAUGGAGCCGCUGGGCAGCCUGCACGGUGCGGCCGGCCAUGAGCCGGAGCUGAUGGGCAGUCCCAGCCCGCACCACGCCGGGCACGGCGGCGCCGGGCCGCUCCGGGUGCCCCCCCCGCCGCCGCCUCCGCCGCACCAGGAGCUGCCCCCCGCCGCCGCCGCCCGGCCGGCCAUGGUGCCCAGCAUGGCCUCGCUGCUGGACGGCGCCGCCGAGUACCGGCCCGAGCUCUCCGUGCCGUUGCACCACGCCAUCAGCGUGCCCUGCGAGUCCUCGCCGCCCGGCGUGGGCAUCAGCGGCACCUACACCACCCUGACGCCGCUCCAGCCCCUGCCGCCCAUCUCCACCGUCUCCGACAAGUUCCACCACCCGCACCACCACCACCCGCACGCCCACCCGCACCACCACCCGCACCACCACCACCACCAGCGCCUCUCGGGCAACGUCGGCGGCGGCUUCGCCCUGAUGCGGGACGAGCGCGGGCUGCCGGCUGUCAACAACCUGUACGGCCCCUACAAGGAGAUGCCAGCCGUGGGGCAGAGCCUCUCGCCGCUGGGCAACGGGCUGGGCCCGCUGCACGGCGCCCAGCAGGGCCUGCACGGCUACGGGCCACCGGGCCACGACAAGAUGCUGAGCCCCAACUUCGAGGCCCACGCAGCCAUGCUGGCGCGGGGGGAGCAGCACCUCUCCCGCGGGCUGGGCACCCCUCCGGCCAUGAUGCCCGCGCUGAACGGGAUGGCCCCGGGCCACCCGCCGCCGCCUCCCCACGGGCCCCCGCUGCCCGCCGGCCGCGACCGGCCGCCGUCCUCCUCCUCUUCGUCGGGCUGCGGGCCGGCGGGGAGCGGCUCGGGGCAGCUGGAGGAGAUCAACACCAAGGAGGUGGCGCAGCGCAUCACGGCCGAGCUGAAGCGCUACAGCAUCCCCCAGGCUAUCUUCGCCCAGCGGGUGCUGUGCCGCUCCCAAGGCACCCUCUCGGACUUGCUGCGGAACCCCAAGCCCUGGAGCAAGCUCAAGUCCGGCCGGGAGACCUUCCGCAGGAUGUGGAAGUGGCUGCAGGAGCCUGAGUUCCAGAGGAUGUCGGCCCUGCGCCUGGCAGCCUGCAAGCGCAAGGAGCAGGAGCCCAGCAAGGAGCGCAGCGGCUCGCAGAAGAAGUCCCGCCUGGUGUUCACCGACCUGCAGCGCCGCACGCUCUUCGCCAUCUUCAAGGAGAACAAGAGGCCCUCCAAGGAGAUGCAGAUCACCAUCUCCCAGCAGCUGGGGCUGGAGCUCACCACCGUCAGCAACUUCUUCAUGAACGCCCGGCGCCGCAGCCUGGAGAAGUGGCAGGACGACCUCAGCUCGGGGGGCUCCUCCUCGGCCCCCAGCACCUGCACCAAGGCGUGA